AAUACAUAUGAUUGCUAGCAGAGUGACGCAGAUAUUAGAGAGUCGAGUUUUUUUUUUGUGAAAUUGUUGGGAAUUUUGUUAAAUAUUAGCUUCAAAAUUAAAUUCGGUUGUUUAAGACAACAGCGCGCUGCGUAAGUAGUGCCAGACGCGAGGCGACUCAGGGCAUCCCCAGGCUUCUGCAUGUGCCCUACUGCCGAGCCUAGCUAAGUUGAUGUGUCGUUGCUAGAAAAAAGAUGCCGCAACCGAAAUCGCGCAAGAUCGCCAUCCUGGGGUACAGAUCCGUGGGGAAGUCCUCGUUGACAAUUCAGUUUGUGGAGGGCCAGUUUGUGGACUCAUAUGACCCAACCAUAGAAAACACGUUUACGAAAAUGAUCACAGUAAAUGGACAGGAAUACCACCUACAGUUGGUAGACACAGCUGGACAGGAUGAGUACUCGAUUUUCCCGCAGACGUACUCCAUAGACAUCAACGGCUACAUUCUGGUGUAUUCUGUCACAUCUAAUAAAAGCUUCGAGGUAGUAAAAGUCAUCCACGAAAAGUUGUUGGAUAUGGUGGGGAAGGUCCAAGUGCCCAUUAUGCUGGUCGGAAAUAAGAAGGACCUGCACAUGGAACGCGUAAUCAGCUGUGAAGAAGGGAAGGCACUUGCCGAAUCUUGGAACGCCGCCUUCAUGGAGUCAUCCGCUAAGGAGAACCAGACUGCCGUGGAAGUGUUCAAGAGGAUAAUCCUGGAGGCGGAGAAGAUGGAUGGAGGCGCGCCGCAGGGGAGGACGUCGUGCUCACUCAUGUAGUCCCCCCUCGCCCGCCCGCCACCGCACUGGACACUGGGAUAUCCCUCUACUUGAAGGCUAACUGCCUGUUUUCCUCCAUAUAAACUUGGCUUUUCUUUUAUCCGUUUGUUUCUUUUUCCCCUUUUUUUGGUAUUUUGUGUGUUUUUUCUUUUCCUUUUCUUCCUAAGUGGGACAAAGAGAUAUUUGAAAAUGGAGGAUUAUUUGUCACUCUCAUCACUGGAUAGCCUCAACUACAUCCCAUAGCACCCCGACCCCCUCAGCUCCUGUAUACCCCCCCAUUCACACCUGCUUUAUUUUCGUUUUAAAGCCUUUUUCCUUUGUUUCCCUUCCCAUUGAAUUUGUAUAUUGUAUUUCUUAAAGAUAAUUAUGGCCAAAAAGUAGCCAGCAUUAAUUUGUGUAGUGAAAUGUUGUUCCACACUUUUUUGAUUGUAAUCAUUAAAAGGAGCAUAUUGUUACACUAUUAUUUAAGUCA